AUGUCGAAGUCAAAUCAAAGGAAGUUGGAUGAAUCGGUAGAAUCUGCCAAGUCAAAAAUGAAUAUGAAAGAUGUUGUGAAACAGAAAAGCUUGAAUACUGGUAAGAAAACACGUAAAAAGGGAAAAGCAAGUAUCAGGAAGCGUAAGAAGCUCGACACUGCGUGCGUCUAUUGCCGGAGAUCCCAUAUGAUUUGCGAUACUGGAAGGCCGUGUCAAAGAUGUAUUAAGAGAAACAUUGGUCAUCUGUGUCAUGAUGAGCCAGCUUCAAAGGUAAAAAAACAGCAACUCGCAUCUACAGAGGAAUUCACGAUACAUUCAAAGGUGCCCUCACAAAGCGAGUUUCAGGCUACAAUAACGCCGGAUCCAUCAUUGAAAGCUGCUUCAACUUCGGAAACUGUUGAUGCUGGAUCUGAAGCUAUGGUGAACGCUACUGCCUCAAAAUUAAUUACUACCAAUUAUCAGCCUCAAAGAACAGCGGACGAGAACAGAAUACUUGGCUUAUAUAAGCACAAACCUACUGAGCAAUCUGCUGAGUCUAUAGGAUAUGAAUCUGGGCAAAAGCAACAAGUCAAUCUGGCAUCUGCUGCGAUUAAUCAGAGACCUUUUUUCUAUUCUGAGCAUGCUGGAUCUGAAUUCAACUCUUUGACGGAAUUUCUUUCUAUGAUCGACGAUACAGAUGUAAUCAACUCCAUCAACAUGAACAAUGAUCCAAUGUUACAUAAGCUAGAAACGGCGUCUGCUCUCGGAUAUAGUACCAACAAUUCUUCGACUAAUUUGAAUGGACUGCCUCAAUUUGAAUCGGGUUUGUUCAGUGCUGAGAAGUCUUCUGCAAGCCUGCAAAAUCAGGCCCGAAUUACAAUCAAUUCGUCUCAGGCUUCGUUGAUGACAAGUUUCCGACAACCAGGUCAGUCACAGAUUCAACUUCAGCAAUCGCAACAACAGCCGGCUGUCAACUAUUCUUAUCAGCAACUCUCAGAUCAGCCUCUCGAAAUAUCUCGUCAAUCGGGACAACUCGUUCAACCGGGUCAACCACUUCAGCCCGCUCAACAGGGCCAACCUAGUAUAUCAGCUGGGCAAAGCCAGAUACAGUUCCAAGAAGGAGCUACAGGUGUUCCAUAUGUAUCUGACGCUGCUAGAGAUAAAUUUUUCCUUACGGCUGCAGACCCAACUACUGAAAUAUCUCCAGAAGAAAGGUUAAAGCAAGUGAUCAAUGCCAAACUUGAGGCUGGCUUAUUGAAACCUUAUAACUAUGCUAAGGGAUAUCAGAGGUUACAAAACUAUAUGGAUAAUCAUAUGGCGGAGUCUUCUAGACAAAGGAUUUUGAAACCACUCUCCACAUUUCGACCUGGUUUCCGAGCCGUUGCUAAGACAUUGAAAGAUAUUGAUUUGGUAUUGGUGGAAGAAAACUUUGAGAGAAUGCUGCUAGAUUAUGAUCGAGUUUUCACCUCGAUGGCUAUUCCGGCAUGUCUCUGGAGAAGAACAGGAGAAAUUUAUAGAGGCAACAAGGAGUUUGCAUCUCUUGUGGAGGUAUCGAUUGAUGAUCUGAAAAACGGUAAGUUGACAAUAUAUGAGUUAAUGACAGAAGAGAGCAGCGUAAACUUCUGGGAGAAGUAUGGUGCCAUAGCGUUUGAUAAAACUCAGAAGGCUGUCCUCACGAGUUGCAACUUGAGAACCAAAGACGGGCUUCGCAAAAAAAACUGUUGCUUUAGCUUCACUAUAAGACGAGAUAGAUACAACAUUCCAAGUUGUAUUGUCGGUAAUUUUAUUCCUAUACAGUGA